UGUCCAGGUAGCCUCUGUUUUCAUUUCAGUCUUAAUGAAAACUUUUUUCUUUACAUCUCAAGUUUCUUUUCAAAGCAGUCGAGAACUGAAACGAAUGGGGAUUGAACUGCUUUGCCUGUUCUUUCUAUUUCUAGGAAGGAACGAUCACGUACAAGGUGGCUGUGCCAUGGGAGGUGCAGAAACCUGUGAAGACUGCUUACUCAUUGGACCUCAGUGUGCCUGGUGUUCUCAGGAGAAUUUUACCCAGCUACCUGGAGUUGGUGAAAGAUGUGAUACCCCAGCAAAUCUUCUAUCUAAAGGAUGUCAACCAAACUUCAUUGAAAACCCUGUCUCCCAAGUAGAAAUAAUUACAAAUAAGCCACUCAGUAUAGGAAGACAGAAAAAUAGUUCUGACAUUGUUCAGAUUGCGCCUCAAAGCUUAAUUCUUAAAUUGAGACCAGGUGGUGAGCAGACUCUGCAAGUGCAAGUCCGCCAGACCGAGGAUUAUCCUGUGGACUUGUAUUACCUUAUGGACCUCUCGGCCUCCAUGGAUGAUGACCUCAACACAAUCAAAGAGCUGGGUUCCCUGCUUUCCAAGGAGAUGUCUAAAUUAACUAGCAACUUUAGACUGGGCUUUGGCUCUUUUGUGGAGAAACCAGUCUCCCCUUUUAUGAAAACAACACCAGAAGAAAUAGCCAACCCUUGCAGUAGUAUUCCAUACUUCUGCUUACCUACAUUUGGAUUCAAGCACAUUUUGCCAUUGACAAAUGAUGCUGAAAGAUUCAAUGAAAUUGUGAAGAAUCAGAAAAUUUCUGCUAAUAUCGACACACCCGAAGGUGGAUUUGAUGCAAUUAUGCAAGCUGCCGUGUGUAAGGAAAAAAUUGGCUGGCGGAACGACUCCCUCCAUCUCCUGGUGUUUGUGAGCGAUGCUGAUUCUCAUUUUGGAAUGGACAGCAAACUGGCAGGCAUCGUGAUUCCUAAUGAUGGGCUCUGUCACCUGGACAGCAAGAAUGAAUACUCCAUGUCAACUGUCUUGGAAUAUCCAACAAUUGGACAACUCAUUGAUAAACUGGUGCAAAAUAACGUGUUACUGAUCUUUGCCGUAACUCAAGAACAAGUUCAUUUAUAUGAGAAUUAUGCAAAACUCAUUCCUGGAGCUACAGUAGGGCUACUUCAGAAAGACUCUGGGAACAUUCUCCAGCUGAUCAUCUCCGCCUAUGAGGAACUGCGGUCUGAGGUGGAACUGGAAGUGUUAGGAGACACAGAAGGACUCAACCUGUCGUUCACAGCUAUCUGUAGCAACAGGACCUUCCCACACCAGAAAAAAUGCUCGCACAUGAAGGUGGGGGACACGGCUUCAUUCAACGUGACUGUGAGCAUACCAAACUGCGAGAGAAGCCGGCACAUUAUCAUAAAGCCUGUGGGGCUGGGGGACACCCUAGAAAUGCUGGUCACUCCAGAGUGCAACUGUGACUGUCAGAAAGAAGUGGAAGUGAACAGCUCCAAAUGCCACAACGGGAACGGCUCCUUCCAGUGUGGGGUGUGUGCCUGCAACCCCGGCCACAUGGGGCCUCGCUGCGAGUGCGGGGAGGACGUGACGAACACAGAGUCCUGCAAGGAGGCCCCGGACCACCCCUCGUGCAGUGGAAGAGGCGACUGCUACUGUGGGCAGUGCAUCUGCCACUUGUCUCCCUAUGGAAACAUUUACGGGCCUUACUGCCAGUGUGACAAUUUCUCCUGCGUGAGACACAAAGGGCUGCUCUGCGGAGAUAACGGCGACUGUGACUGUGGCGAAUGCAUGUGCAGGAGUGGCUGGACUGGCGAGUACUGUAACUGCACAACCAGUACGGACUCCUGCAUCUCUGAGGACACUGGGGUGCUCUGCAGCGGGCGAGGGGACUGUGUGUGUGGCAAGUGCAUUUGCACGCAUCCCGGAGCCUCGGGACCGACCUGUGAACGUUGUCCCACCUGUGGCGAUCUCUGUAACUCUAAGCGGAGCUGCAUUGAAUGCCACCUGUCUGCAGAUGACCAGGCCCGAGAAGAAUGUGUUGACAAAUGCAAACUCGCUGGCGUGACCAUCAAUGAAGAAGCAGAUUUCUCAAAGGAUAGUUCUGUUUCCUGUUCUCUACAAGGAGAAAAUGAAUGUCUUAUUACAUUCCUAAUAACUACAGACAACGAAGGGAAAACCAUCAUUCAUAGCAUCAACGAGAAAGACUGUCCAAAACCUCCAAACAUUCCCAUGAUUAUGUUGGGGGUCUCACUGGCUAUUCUUCUCAUCGGGGUUGUCCUACUGUGCAUUUGGAAGCUGCUUGUAUCAUUUCAUGAUCGCAAAGAAGUUGCCAAAUUUGAAGCAGAAAGGUCAAAGGCCAAGUGGCAAACUGGAACCAACCCACUGUACAGAGGCUCCACCAGCACCUUUAAAAAUGUAACCUACAAACACAGGGAAAAACAAAAGGUGGACCUUUCCACGGAUGGAUAGAACUACUUUGUGCAUGGAAAACGUCUGUUUCACUGAUAUGAAAUGUUAAUGCACUAUUUAAUUUUUUUUUCUUUGUUGUUUCAAAAUGAGGUUUGUUUAAGAUAAUAAUAGGUCAUUUGGAGAUCAGUCAUUCUCUGUAUGAAGGUUAGAGACUAUGUUGACAGGCUCAAAAUAAUCAAGAAGAGAAAUACCUUAGCAAAGAGGUGACUUUGGGGAUCAUUUGAGGAGUACUAAGUCUAUUGCAUUAAUGCCUCAAAAAAAUCAUCAAAGUGAUUCAAGGGGGCCUGAUUUGCAUUCGAAAAAUAUUUGAAAUUA